AGAAGUGUAGUGUUGACAAGCGUCCGUUGGUGCCAGUCACAGAGAUGUCAAUAUAACUUUGGUCAGUCAUAUAUUCGGCGAUGCGGAUCGAAAGUCCGUUUCACUCUUCUGUGAUUGUUCUUUCUUUUAACACUAAUACUCGCCUUUAACACAGCAAUCAACACCGUAAUAGAUGUAAAACAGGUCUGUUUUGAUUUGAAGGAUUUCCGAGUAAUAUAAGUCGAUGUCAAGAACAAGCGUCACUCUGGAGGAUGAGGAGAAGCAGAGAUGCCCUGACGGUGCUGAUCCACCCAACUUCGCCUGCAAUGACACUCCACACUCUUUACCUGAGAGACUUAAUUUGGAACCAUCUGUCAUCGCAAUGGAGACAAGCCCCUCCCCUUCUAGCAAUGGGACAAACCUCCUGUCAUUGCCAUGGGAGAUAGUUACCCAGAUAGCCUCACAUCUCCCGGCACAGUGUGUGAUUAAUGUGCUGCCGCAUGUGUGUCAGACGUUGGGAAAGCUUAGCGAGGAUCGCUUGGCAUGGCAGGUUCGGGCUCAAAAACUCUCGGGUCCCGCAGCAUCUUUCCCGGUCGGGCCAAAGGAGGAUUUUGAUUGGUCCAAGGCCUGCUUAGAAAUGGAGCAGCUGAUUGGCUGCUGGGCAGGGCGUGGGAAUCAGGCAGAGCGACAGGAAACGGAGGGAGCGAGACAGGAAGUGGCAGCUGGUGGGGUGAACGGUGAAGCGCCGGCAGCUGAGGGGAACUUGGUAGAGAUGCAGCUGGAUGUCGAAAUAAAUGAUGCAGCGGAUGUUCAGUCCCAGACUGCCUCUAACAGCGGCCAGCUGAACGAGUCAUCCAGCGCUUCUUCACCCCUGGAGCACAUCAUUCUUCCUUCUGGCCACAUUGCAGAUGUGAAUUGUGUCCUCCUGUUGGGUGGAAAAGAGGCAUUGUGCGCUUCCGGCUCUAGGGACAGAAACGUGAACCUGUGGGAUCUUCGAGAGGGUCCCAGAGGCAAGUUGAUGCACACUCUAGCGGGACGGGGCACCAUUAGUACCCACCGGGGCUGGGUGUGGUGCCUGGCAUCCAGCGGACCUCUGUUGGCGUCCGGCUCAUUCGACAGCACCGUCAGGCUCUGGGAUCUUGAAGCCGGAGGUGCGGAACGGAGACUCAUCCAGUGCAAAGCUGCUGUAUUGUGUCUGUCCUGCGAGAGGGACACGGUGCUGGCCGGAUCACAUGAUCAGAAAUUAAGCAUAUUUGACACCCGGGCUGCAGAUCCAUUGGUCAAGAGUCUUCGUCUUCAUGGCGAUGCUGUGUUGUGCCUGGCGUCUGAUGACCAGUAUAUCAUAUCAGGCAGUAAAGACCAAACCGUCGCUCUGUUUGACCGCAGGGCGGGAAAACUCCUGCAGAAAGUUCAACUGAGCUCCUACCUGCUGUCGCUGUCCUACAGCGGUCGAGAGGUGUGGGCCGGGGAUAACCGUGGACUCGUGCACACCUUCUCCAUGCACAACAGCUCCCUGACGUCCAUAUCCCAGUUUAACAUCCACAGGUCACUGGUCACAGGUGUACACUACUCCUCUGGUGCUCUCUACACAUGCUCCUCGGACCGCACUAUCAAGGUCCAUCUUCCAUGUGCUCCACCCAAGACACUGUGCACCCUUCAUCACCAGGCAGGAGUUAAUGGGUUAAGUGUUGAAGGAGGAACGCUGGCCAUCGCUUCCGGUGACAUGAAUGUUGAAAUUUGGAGGCCCAGAUGCACAGAGUCGACAAGCAUUUGAUAGCAGGGAACAAUCAGUUCUUCAACUCCACAUUUCCAGGAACUUAUCAGUGCAUUUAAUUUUAAUGAAAAUUAAGAUGAAAAUGAAUGUUUUAGGUGUCGGAUACAUGUUUCUAGUGAUUCUAGAAACAAAAAUAAGACAUUCCUAGUUUUACGUCAUUCUUCGCAAGUCGCACUACAAUUGCAACAUAUUUCAGUGCCUCGUAACAAAAGAAACAUCUUGAGAUUUAUGUGAUCAUUACUUGAACAUUUCAACAAAACUGAUGCUAAUAAUACGUUUAGACCGAGGAGAGUAAAUUCUGAAGCAUAGUUAAAUGAAUACAAACAAGAAUCGUUAAAAAAUAUAUCUGCUUUCAGUAUUUAGCUCUCUAGAUGUGUAGUACACUAACGAGGAAAUCAGUUGUUAAAAAUGUGUGAAUUUAAGUUCAAUUUGUUUUUGUAUACUUGUCAGUGUACUUGCACAAGUAUACAGUUUACAAACUUGGCACAUAUGCUUUAAAAUGUAUGCACUUCAUGACCAGAACAAACUACUAAUACUAUUUAUGAAUUAUUUAUAAUUAUUGCAGACAGUGCUGUUGUAUUGUUCUGUGACUGACUGAAUGUCCUAUGAUCAUUUUUUCUUCCUUGUUUGUUUUUAAAAGCUUUAUAAAUGUACAAUUUGAUAAUUCUG